UCUGCCCCAGGAAUCUAUUAACAAGAAUCUCAGUUAUCCUCACCUUUAGGAGUGGGCAUAACAUCCAUUCACUUGAUGGAGCACAUUUUCACUUGUUCAUGAAACUUCCAUGCUUUCAAAAUUCCCUCUGAUUAUACUUUGUCUGUUGCUAGUUUAACUCCAGCUGAGAUUUGGCUUUUCUGAUUUAAGGGAAAUAAAAGCUGAAAACAAGCCAUGUCAAACACUGAAUGCUUCAUUUAACAAAUAUUUACGAUUUUUUUUUCAGGAACCAGUGAUUCUGAAGAUUGCCUGGUCAUGAUGGCUCAUGCUACUGUUUAUGUGGGUUGCACUGUUCCUCAGUUACUGAGAGGUGCUCAGAGCAGGAUUUUUCCCUCUCAUUCUCCAUUGAGGGUGUUGAGACACUCUGCUUUUUGUUACUGCACAGGAAACUGCACAAUAAAAUCAAAAAGGAAAAUGGAUCAUCUAGAGAGGACAGCAAAUAAUUUUCGACAGGAGGUAAUUACACAAGCAAAAGUGUGUGGAAUCACCAAUGAAUCAGAGACAGUCAAAAGGCUUCGUUUGGCAAUUGCAAAUAAGGAUUUUACUUUCAAAGCAGGACAAUGGGUAGAUUUCUUUAUUCCUGGUGUAUCUGUAGUUGGGGGAUUCUCAAUAUGUUCAAGCCCUGGCCUGUUAGAACGAGAAGGAAUACUAGAGCUGGCAGUAAAACACACUGUUCAUCCUCCUGCUCACUGGAUUCACACUGAGUGUACUCUUGACUCAGAAGUGGCUCUGCGAGUGGGAGGUGAUUUCUUCUUUGAUCCUCAGCCUGGUGACUCCCCAGUAAACCUAGUGCUGAUAGCAGGGGGUGUUGGAAUUAACCCAUUGUUUUCUAUACUGCUGCAUAUAGCAGAUCUUCAUGGAUACCAAGAGGGUAAAGGAAAUAGACACAAAUUGGGAACAGCGAAGCUGUACUACAGUGCAAAAAAUACGAGUGAGCUCUUAUUUAAGAAAAAUAUUCUUGGUUUGAUGAAGGCGUUUCCUGGAAAGAUCACAUGUUGUUUCCACGUCACCCAGCAGCACUCACAGAUCUGCAAAGAACUGCAGCCACACAUUACAGAGGGAAGAAUAUCUGAAAAGGAUCUAGAGAAACACGUAUCCGAUGAUACUUCAUGGUACAUCUGUGGUCCCCCUCCAAUGAUAGAAUCUGUAUCCAAACUACUCAGUAACAUUGGUGUUCCAAGAAACUGUGUUUUCUUUGAGAAAUGGUGGUAGUGACACUGCUGAAAAUUAUAUUAUUUUUUCCAGUGCAUUUUGAUAAGCUAAAACGUACAGAAAUGGACUGUGAAUUAUUUGGAAGAUUUUAACGAAGAUGUCCUCAAUGAUGAAAGUGGUCCUUUAAUUUAACUGUAAUACACCUGUAAUACAGUGCUGCUGCUUUGGGGAAAAGUGAUUUUAUAUUAAAGACAUUAACUGUUCUGGUUUUUUGAUGAUCUGCCUUUUCCUAUGGGUAGCAGUGUGUUUUCACUUUAUACAGUUGAUUGUUAGUCAGCUUUUUAACUUGUAGAGAAUUAGUUGUGCAGCAAUGCCAGGUCUAUUUAUAAGGAUAAUUCAGGUCACAACCUCUGAAUCUUCUCCAAAUGAGUACACACUUCCCUCCCCAGCUCUAUAUAAUACAUUUACUGUCUUUAUAGAAGAGGA